UUACCUCUUCUUUGUUUCUUUUAGUGGGUGUCGAGUUUUUCAGGUGAUUUUUAAACAAAUGAACACUGGUCGAAUCUUAUGGUGAUGCCACCUAUUUUCACUGGGACACGCGCUCUGAGUGGGAGAUUAAGACCAGCAAGUUAUUCUGACUGAACGUGUCCACCACUAUUCUCACUGAGAACAUGGCUCUCUGUCCGCAGUUACUGCUGCUGCUCGGAUGGAGCUAUCUAUUCGGUGGAUAUUGCGCGAUGUUGAAAGAUCAUUUUACUGGUUUGAAAAGAAAAGGUGAAUCUGGGCACUCAGGUGCCCCCCUGGGGGACAAAGACCGCUCAGAGAAGAAUGAGCAAGACCUGCUUUUACAGGAUACUAUGACGGAACACAUGCAGAUGCUUUACGACAAAUAUAACCGUGCAGGAUUUCCUUUCAAGGAUGGGAAUACGGUCCGCAGCUUUAAAGCGCAUUGGGGCACCAUCAACAACAAGCAGCUCCAGAUCUUCAACCUGACGUCUCUCACCAAGUCAGAGGCCGUCCUGUCGGCCUCGCUCCACUACUACAUAGGAGACCUCCAGAACAGCACCCAGCACCCGGGCUGCAACAGCACCACCAGGCCCAAGAGCUGUGGAGCCCCUUCGCCAUUCCGCCAUGGCCUCAGGAGACACAGCCACCUCCAGAUGGAUGUGUGGAGCUUUUCCUCAGAGGAUAACCACACCAGGGCUUUGGGCCACUUUGUGAUCAACGUGUCUACACUAUACAGGGACUUCAUCUCUUGGCAGUGGAAGGACGUCACCCGGGUGGUGAACCAAGCCAAGCGUCAUCGUGAGCUGCUGAUCGGGAUAGACGUGGCAUCCCAGCCUGGACCCAGGCCCUGGAAGAAGCUCCUCUCAGACCGCUCUCCUUACAUCCUGGUCUACGCCAACGACUCGGCCAUCUCUGAGCCCGAGAGUGUGGCGUCGACACUACAGAGGCAUCAAACGAUGACUACAGCUGGAGAAGGGGCCUUCGCCUCUGGCUUCAAUAGACUGGGGCUGCACGCUCGGAAUAACACAGCCGCGCAACAACAGGCGCCUCCUCACAGACGCCGGCGCUCGGCUAGCGUACUCCUCCCGCUCCAGAACAACGAGUUACCGGGGCCGGAGUACCCGUAUGAGACGACGGGCUGGGAUGAGACCAGCCCCUACGAACCGCUGGAGAACAAGCCAGUCCGUCGGCCGAGGAAAAAGACGCGUGGUAAGAGCCAGAGGCACGACGGUAAGAUGCCCCUGCUGCAGUUUGACGAGCAGACGAUAAAGAAGUCUCGUAAGAAGCAGUGGAACGAACCACGGAACUGUGCUCGUCGCUACCUGAAGGUGGACUUUGCAGACAUUGGCUGGAGCGAGUGGAUUAUAUCUCCUAAGUCUUUUGAUGCCUACUACUGCUCAGGGUCAUGCCAGUUCCCCAUGCCUAAG